AUGCAAAAACGUGCAAGGGUGGUGGAGUCGCAAAAAUUGCGAAGAACGAUAAAAGGAAAAUGUAGAUUAAAUGAUCCCCUCAGAGACAGCGUAUCAGUAUCGAUGGCAUAUUUUCGUCUAUUUAUUUUGUGGAUUUUAAUAAUAACUGUCGACGUUGUUGUAGGAUUUCGUUUUGAAUUACUAUGGCCUUUUUGGCUCGUUUCACGAUCCUGUUACGAGUCAUUCUCUAAAAAUCAAAACACUGUUGUUACAUUAGCAAAUCAAAACACAGUGAGGUUUUCUUUGUUUUUUGUCUGUAUAACAGCGACUUCGGAUCUCGUAUGCUUAAUAUUCAUACCUGUGCCAUGGAUGAUAUUCUUGGCAUCCACGUAUGUGUGGGUGAGCCUUAUAUGGUCAACACAUGGUGGCUUUCGAUCGAUCUCGUUAGGAGUCGGAGGUGAAAGGUCACAAGUUUUGCCCAUAGCUCUUCUAGGGUUUUUCGUUAUAACCUUUGAAUUUUUCUGUCGCAAGAGAUGCGACUUGUUACCUUACGUAGCAGAUGGUAACCCUUUUUCAAGCUAUAUUGGUCUAACGAGGCUACCCUCUUGCGAGCAUGUUCAGGGAUUAAGCCCUAUAAUACCUAGAAAUCUUAAUGCUUUUUUUGGUGCACAUUGCAUUGGUUACCCUCUCGUACUCAUAUCCUUCAGCAUUCGGUAUUACUUCAGAGAAUGGCUCAUAAAUCGAAAGAAAUUGGAAGUCACUAAGCGAAAUGAGUUAUAUCAGAGGCUUCUAACUGAAGCCCUCCCGGCAGUUUACGAAGGUCCACAAGAUUAUUCCAUAAAGAGCCCACCUCUGGACGACGGAGAUGCUGAUAUAUUAGAUCUGCCCUCAGCUCCUAUGAUCAUGCCUGCUUCUAUGGUAGGAAAUGGAACAUCUUCGAAUGGAGCUUUAAAACGAUCAGCAAAGCAUGCUGCUGGAGUUCGGCAUCGAGGCAAUAAUGGCAGAGCAAAGACGAGUACAGUGGUCAAUCCAAUUCAACGAUUAAACGAACGACGUCGAGAAGAGGAUGAAGAUAGCGAUGGGAGCGAAGAGUGGCGAGAAGGGGUUUCUAAAUCUUCUGGUGGUCUAUCCUGGUUACGAUUGACCUAUGAAGCGUUAGCAUGGCUAGUGGGUACCCUAACUCAAUCUGUUGAUCAGGAAAUAGAAGAAGAGGAUGAUGAGAGUCAGAACGAGGAUUCGAACAAGAAGAUAUCUCGUAACGGAGAUGUCAACAAGCUUCGAGCGUCUACAACUGCUUCUCGGAAGGGUCGUGGUAGGGAGAAGGGGAAAGAGAAAAAUAUAAUUUCACAAGCAUCUGACAGAGAGAAGUCAUCAAAUGGCGUGUAUUUGUCUAAUGGUACUACUCCCCCAUCACCUCAGCUUAAUACUGCUCAGGUUACAUCCCCAUCACCUCUCCCUCCGUCUCAAUCAGAACAGAGAGAUAGUAGUAGAGAAACUAGUGUUUCACAAGCUGUUUCGAACCAGUCAAGUUCCCAUGAGUUGGAAAGGUUGCGAUCUGAUGUAAUGCAACUCAAAGGAGCAGAGCAAGACGCCCGACUUCAAUUGACGGCUAGUCGUAAUAAUGAGGCAUCGCUACGACAAGAAGUCAGCCAACUUAAGAACAGUUUAGCCCGUAUGGAGUCACGAUAUGCUUCUUUGGAAAAACAACGAGAGAAUGAUCGCAACUCCAUAAUGUUACUUGAUGUGAAAUGUGCUGAACUGGUUACUCGCAAGAAUGAAGUUGAACGAGAUUUGUUCAAUGAACGAAAUGCCCGUAAAGAGGAUGGUGGAAAGAAAUCAGAAACAGCUGAACAUUUACGGGAACGAGAAAGACAACUCGAGAGAGAGAUUGAUAGAAUCCGAGUCGAGAAUUCUGUCAAAGACGAGCGCUUGAUGAAAGUCGAGCAUGAAGUGAACGAUCUGAAAAAGUACAAGGAAAACAAUGAGAACGAUUUGGGCGAUCGUGACGAUCAAAUAAGAAAUCUUCAAGACAAGAUUAAAGCUCUAGAAGAAUCGUUACAAUCCGAGAACAAGUUGAAACAAGAUUUGUUUCGCGCUCUUGGUGACGCUCGUACUCAAAACGCAGAUUUGAAAGAAAAACUGAGAUCUCCCGAUUUGGCACUUUCUGUAAAUGUACAUAGCACUACGUCUAUCUCUGACAAGAUGUCGCCUUCACAAUCCCUGAAUUCAUCGCCGACAAUCGCUAACUGUUCUAUCUCUCCUCAAACAUAUAACGUUGCAGUUCAACCAUCGAAAAUGGACAGCACCAUGAACGACUACUUAUUCAAUGCUUUAAAACAACAUCAUUCCUCUCCAACAGGCGAACAUACCCUAUUCGAUCGACCCAUCUUAGAUCCUUCUCCUAGAACGAUCAUUCCACCUGAACAAAUUUGGGGCGAUCGAAUGGGAAAGUUCGGAGCUCCAGCCAAUCCAGCGCGAUCGAACUAG